AUGCCGGCCUUUGAGAGCCCAGAACAGCCUGCUGCUGCAGUUGCCAACACUGCCGCUGCAGACUCAAACGUCUGCUUCCCGCCUGUCACGAGGGACCACAUCCUGCAUUGCUCAUACGACUAUUGGUUUCCCAAAUACCGUACAUCAUGUAUCCGCUCCCGCAUCAUCAAGCUGCCUGCAGAAUUUAUCGAGUACAUCCGCGAGGACGGCAUCAUCCUGUCAAGCGAUGAUCCGUCCACAGCAGAUGGUGAUGAUGACGAUGACUGGGAGCCCACAUCGAAUGCAUUCGCCCCUCCUCGCCCCGAUGAGCCUGAGCAGGACUCAGACUCAGAGGACGACGAAGAUGCAGGUCCACCGAGGCUCCCUCCCGACCAGCGUUUUCCAGAGGUGCACCAGAAGAUCAAGGACACCAUCGAGGAGCUGGGUGGACAAGUGGCACCCAAGCUGAACUGGUCCUCGCCCAGGGACGCCGCUUGGAUCUCACCACACCAGAAUACAGUCAAGUGCACCUCGCCCAAUGACAUCUACCUCCUCCUGAAGAGCUCCAAUUUCAUCACCCACGACCUGGACCAUGCCUUCGACGGGACCGUCACCACAAACUCGUCAUCCAGCAACGGGGCGGUGACCUCAGACUCCGGCCUAGGCUUCCAGCCGGUCCUCGUCCUCCGCUCCUUCUUCACGCCCCACCAGGCCCUGGAAUUCCGCUGCUUCGUCAAGCAGCGCAGCCUGGUGGCCAUCGCCCAGCGCGACCUGAACCACUACAACUUCCUGCAGCGGCUGCGCCCGGCCAUCAUCGCGCGCGUCAAGGACCUCUUCGACUCCAAGCUGCGCUUCACCUUCCCAGACGGCAACUUCUGCUUCGACGUCUACAUCCCCGAGGUGCACAGCCUCGACGACAGCGACGACGACUCCGGGGACGAGGACCCGGGCAAGAAGCUGGGCAAGGCCAGGCUCAUCGAUAUCAACCCCUGGGCGCCCCGGACCGACACCCUGCUCUUCGGAUGGGACGAGCUCCUGGAGCUGCACGUGCCGAACCCCAUGAUCGGCGUGGCCGGCACGGGCGUCGAGGACGGUGUCGUGCGGCUGCGCAUCGGGGACGGGCCGCGCCCAGGCGGGGAGGAGGACACGACCACUGAGGAGGAGACAGAGGACGACGAAGACGAGGACUACGAGCCCGAGCUGCGGCUGGUCGACAAGGACGACCCCGCUGCGUACAACUUCAGCUCGCCUCAGUUCUCGGCCCAUAAGCUGCCCAAGGAGGUCGUCGAUGCUAGUGCGUCCGGCGCAGGUGGGCUCAGGGAGUUCGCGCAGCAGUGGAAUGAGAUGCUGAGCCGCAGGCGGUAG